CAUUUUUUUUUCACCUCUUCAAUAUAUCAAUUUUACAUUUUCAUAUCAUAUAUUAUAUUCUAUAAUUAUAAUAUAUAUUAAUUAAUAAUACUCUACUAUUAGUAUUAUUAUAGUUUUCUUCUUUCAUUCUCUCACUCUUUUUCUAUCUCUAAACUCUAAACCUUUCUUUCAAUAUUUUUCCAACAUAUCAUUACUUGAUUUGCUUGUAAAGUGCAAAACAUAGAGAAAAAGAAUGAAGAAGUUUGUACUCAAAUUAGAAUUGCAUGAUGACAAAGACAAGAAGAAGGCUCUCAAAACAGUCUCAACUCUUUCAGGGAUUGAUGCCAUUUCAAUGGACAUGAAAGACAAGAAACUGACAGUGAUAGGAACAGUAGAUCCUGUAAAUGUGGUAAGCAAGUUAAGAAAAUUCUGGCACACAGAAAUAAUAGCAGUAGGACCAGCCAAGGAGCCAGAGAAGAAAGAAGAAGGAAAGAAGGAAGGAGAGAAGAAAGAAGAAGGGAAGAAAGAAGAUGGAAAGAAAGAAGAAGGGAAGAAAGAAGAGGAGAAGAAAAAAGAAGCACCUCCACCACCAGAUCCUGUUCAAGAAUGGGUGAGGAAUUAUAGGGCAUAUAAUCCAUAUAUGACAACACAUUACCAUGUUCAAAGUAUGGAAGAGAAUCCCAAUGCAUGUGUGAUUUGUUAAAUAAUAGGAAUAUUAUAUGAGUAUGGUGAUGGGUUUAAUUAUCUUUUCUCUCAUAGCCUCAUAUUAUCAUAGGUGGCCACAUGCAAUUCAACAAUGUAGGAGCUACUUGUAAAUAAUAUAUGGUUGUGCCUUGUUGAGACUUUAUUAAUAUGUGUAGAGAGAAAGAAAUAAAAUUUUGGAAAUUUUGGUUUUGGAAUAAA